AUGAAGUCCUCCAAUGAAGAUGUUGAGGGCAGCUCAACCAUUCACUACAUCAUGAGAUCUAUUCAGGAGAAGGAGGAGUUAAAAAUGAGAGGCAACAAGUUGAAUGCGGAGGUCAGCCAGGGCGAGCGGGAAUUGAAGGGCAUGCAGAACGCCGCUGCCCUCAUCCAGUGCAAAAAUAAGGUCAGGGUUAAAAAGGUCACGGAUUCAGCAGCACCACCACCGUCAUUGACAUCAUUACUCUCAGAGAAGGAAUCAUUAGAGUUGAAGCAGCUGGAGGGUAAGAUGGCCGUCUUGCUGAAAGAAAUCAACAUCGUGAAGAGGGAGAUGAAGGAUGUUAACGAUGAAGCUGCUAAGAUGAAAACGCAGAUUGACGGGUGCAUCAAGAAACAUCAAAACAAUCUUAAACAGUUUCGUGUUACUGAGUUUCAGAUGAAUUACAAGAGCGCCACGCACCCCUCCAACCAGCAAAUUUCGAAGAAACUUUUAGAGAUAGAGUUAUUGACAUUAGAGAAGUUGAACGAGUUGGCACUACAGCAGUUCUUCAAGGUUAUGUACAGGAAUGACGAACUGUCUGAGUUCGCCAUCAACAAGUUUGAUGAAAUGGGAUUGACGACGGCAUCCAAGUUCUUGAAUGUUUACAAGGUCAGCAGGUCAGCUUCAUCUCAGUCUCAUUUCAAGAUUGGAGGCUCGAAAAGCAUGAGUCAUUAUUUCAUGCCAGAUAGUGGCCACAGUGAGAUCACACAGUCCAUCUUUGUUCCCAAGGAUCGCAUCUUCAAGUCAACAAGACAUAUGGCGCAUGAUGCCAGUCUUGUCGAUCCGAGAAAUGAUUUGAACAUGGACAUAUCGACGUACCUUGUCCGAGGUUUACUUUGCUUUAUAAUUAAUUCCUCCCAUGUACUAUCCCUUAACAAAUUCUUCGUUAAAGUUGUCACGAGACGUUUGAGUUGCCAAACAGAUAAGCCAAGAGGUGCGAGGGAUGAUACAUUGAACAUGUGAUCUCAGCAUUUCAAUGAAUAAGUCGUACAAAAUGCACAAUAAGUGCCUGCCUCACUCAUUCACUCACUCAUUCGUACACUCAUUCACUCAAUCGUUCGUACACUCAUUAUCCACUCAUUCAUUCUUACGUUCAUUCAUUUAUUUCAUUCAUUAUUAAUACAUGAAUGAAUAAAUGAACGAAUGGAUAAAUGGUUGAACGAAUGAAUGAAUACACUAAUUAAUGAAUGAAUAAAUAAAUGGACGCUGUUUAUUUAGUUUUCUUUUUAUUAGUUAGCAUUUAUUGUUAAUUUUUUUAAUUUAUAACAAUUUAUAAUAAACUUUAUAAUAAUUUUUUGUUGUUGAAAACUUCUUCGUCUAGAUAUUUUAGUUAUUUAUUUCUGCGAUGAAUACAUAAGAUUAAAGUUACACGGUCUGGACUUUAUUUUCUUAAAAACAUUACAGAUGCAUUGAAUUGUUUCUAGUUAGACUUAACGAUUAUUUAAAUAAAUAAAUAAAACAUUCAAUCAGUUUAAUUAAACGUUUCGAUAAAAUAGUCCAAAAAUACGAAAAGAUAAACUUUACAGAUGCAAUAUUCACUCAGUCAUUGUAGAAUGUACCAACUAGAACCAGAACCUCUUAGGUCUUUCUUCAAUCCGCAUUUUUGAUUGCAGGCAUGGAUAUAAAAUACGGAUUUAUAUAUAUCCGUGAUUGCAGGCUAUAAAAUUGGGAGGUCAAAAACUCCAAUUGAAUGAUGCGUUGAGCCGAAUAGUGCUUUAAAGACCUUGGAAAUUCUUUUUAGCACCCUGGUUAUGUCAGGAUUACCAGGUGGCCCUAGAGAAAAGCAUAAUUUUUGGCUUUCUAAAGACCUAAGAAUUGCAAGCUAGUUUCACAACUGAUUUUUUGUUGCAAAUAUGUCC